GAAAUGACAGCAACAGAGCUCAAUCGACUUGUCCAGCAUGACAGUAAACUUAUUUCUCCCUUGGUCAUGAAGCUCAUUGAUAAUUUGAGUAUGCACUGUGAACUUCGAGCACAAUUGUCUCUACUUUGCCCGAAAGUCUUUCCAAUCGAUGACCAUGAUAUAAGUGGCAUGGAGCAAGGUCCAAGAGAGCUGUCUUCCAAGGAAUGGAUAUCUUUCAUGAAAGGCAUCAUGCGCCCAGUACAAGAGACUGCAGUCAUCAUGAAUUCCUAUAAUUCAAAACUGAAGAUCUUUAUCACCGGCAUUCGCAAUGCUGGAUUAUGGGCAUACCCCGUCGACAAGAAACGGACAGAAGAUCGAGUAGAAGAAAUGCGCAGGGCGGAAAGGGAUCUGGAAAUGACUUGGCAAAGGGUCGACAGAUUCUUGAAGGCAAACAUGAGUCCAGAAUCCUAUAGAUUCUUUGCGUUUGACACUCGCAGAGUCGCACGCACACCACCCUGGGAGAAUGUACACUCAAUCGACACCUCUCCUUCCAGUUCUCUCCCCGCAGGACUCUUCACUCUGAACCGCAAAGCAUACAAGCCAUUCAGUACUCUGUUUUUCCAACCUUCCGCUACCGACGAACCAGGUGAGGUUCCAUGGGCCGAUUUCGUCUACUCUCUUAACGCCAUCGGUCUGAUCCCGGAAAAAUUAUUCGGUUCCAGCUGGCAAUUCACUCCGGAUGCUUCAUUCAGUAAAAAAGUGAAGGUCGAUAGACCCAUCAACUUCUACCAACCGCAUUCAGGCCCUAAACUGCCUUACAACAUUGCACGACGCUAUGGGCGUAGAUUGAACCGGAUAUACGGGCUCGAGAAAUCGUCUUUUGUUCUGGGAAAGUAAAAUGUGAGGUUUGAUUUAUAUUAUAGGGCUUGUCGCCUGGAAUUAGCUAUUAAAAGUCUGUUAAGAUGUUGAUUAUGUCGAAUUUCACUGUUGUAGAAGGCAUGCUGGUACGCUGUUCAACUGUAUGUUGAUGCAGAAUCAGAAGAAAUAAAGUGGUUUUCACCCAAUUCACGAGUCCAGCAAUCGCAAAGUAGAACCAGCCGCCCCCGUGCUGUCACAGCACCAAAUUCUCCAACUCCCACACCAGCAAUCCACCCCAUCAUCAUCCUCCCACCCAUCUAUCCUCUAUCCCAAUAAAUCCCUCGCCUUCCCACCAACAUUCCCUCAAUGCACAAUACUCCACUCGCCCCACGCGCAUGAACUCCAGUCCCCACAAAUUCGCAUUCCCGAACCCCCCCUCCCCGUUUUUUUAACGCGUUUCAAACCCAUCUUAUUUCGCUUAUUUUCAGGUUCGAGACAGGGGAGGGCUGGGAUGCGGCGAGCGCGGGCGAACAACAAUUUGGUACGCCGAGUAUUUUGCAGUGUGGAUUAAUGAUUUGUAUCCUGGGUAUAUAUGCAUA